AUGCAACUUUCAUCCAUCUCAUCAUGGGAGGUGAAAAAAAUAUAUUCCUUGCCGCUGGUUCCAAACCUGACUCUGGGUAUCUCGCCACCAGAAAUAAUCGAAACAAACCCAUCCUAUGUCAGCAAAGAUGCGCUCGUCAUCACACUCCAUCGCGAGAAAGACGACAGUCCGAGACCUUUGAUUUUUAAAUGGCAAUCUGCGGCAGAGUUCUUUAACCCCUCCACACUCGGUCUAUUCCGCAUUAUCUCAAGCGGAAAAAAUUCCGAGUCCGAUGUCCAGGAGAAGCAAGAAAUUCAACUGCCCGUACAGGACAACUGGACAGAGCCACAGCCUUUCAUCGUCGGACAGUCUGCCGGUGGUCAUGUCAUUGAACUUGGUCCUGACAGGUCUAUGAGUUUUAAACACAAUUUUCCGAACUCGUGGCGACAGGUUCUUGUUGUUGGUGAAACUUAUGAGCUUUUUUGGAAGGGCGCAAAACCGCUUGUAUUAUGGGACUGGGGCAGCGUGGAUGGGUAUAUGGGUAAAAGAUUGGAGGUGAAAGAGGAGACAGAGAGAAUCCACGUUCGUUAUGGCAGUAGCGGGGGAACUGAGGAUAAUAGCGAUGAGCCUGCAAUGCUGAUGCGUUUUACUGCGGUUGAGAAAUAUCAGAAUUUGGAGCCUGUGAUCACAUCUCUGGACAUCGACCCGGAUCCAACUCCUCAGGGGGCUCUAGGAGCACCGAUACUUAGCGUCUCGCUUGAGUUCGAAGAUAGUUCUGGAGAGCUAAAGCUAGAAAAUCAGGAUCCGAUGAUGGAUUUCCGAGUCACGGUUACAUACCAUGGCGUUGGAACCGAUGAUCCUGCUUCUGCGAGACCUAUCACUUUUCACUACAACAUCUUUGACGGCGAGACAUACUAUGCAUUAUAUCGUUGUCGUUACGAUGAAUAUGAAGUAUGGGAAUCUUGUGGGAAACGCAGUGUCUGUUAUGGUUUCGUAGACGAGCUCGAUGUCGAGGUUAAUGUUGCUGAUAAUGAGAAAUUUGUGAGUCUGCGGCCUGGCGAAAGCUGGACUACGACAGAUUGUGUCGACAAUACCUUGUGGAAGUUUCCAGAAGAUCUUCACUUGGGAGAUAUGUUCCGGUUUGUAUUCAAGGGCGCUACGAUAGAUUGGUGGGAUUGGGGAAGUAAAGAUCAGGCGCAUACUCAGACAGUGGUCACCGUGCCAUCUUUUCCUAUGAGCAGUGUUGUCAACCCAGCUGAUAAUGAUGGAAGGCCUGAAAUAGUGGUGCCCGCCUCUAACCAGCUUGAGUUUGUUUUGGUUGACUAG